GCUGCGGUGUGAGAAACAGUGGAGGCCCAGAGCCUGGGCGGUGGACUGCACAGGCCCGCGAGCCCGCGAAAGUCCGAGCAGGUUUCUCUUGCUCCAGAGAGGAAACCUCAUCCAGGGCCACGAUGCCACUUUCCCAUCAUCUGUGUGCUGCUUGGUUAAGCUAAUGCUGCGGGAGCCCUGUUCCUUGUGGAGGACUCAAGCUGACUCUUGACAUGAGGCCCCUGCAUUGUGGGGGUUGAGAGGGAUACUCCUAUGGCUUCUCUGGAUGACCCAGGGGAAGUGCGGGAGGGCUUCCUCUGCCCUUUGUGCCUGAAGGACCUGCAGUCUUUCUAUCAGCUUCAGUCACAUUAUGAAGAAGAACACUCCGGGGAAGACCGUGAUGUCAGAGGGCAAAUUAAAAGUUUUGUCCAGAAGGCUAGAAAAGCAAAGAACAGGCUGUUGAAACGAGAAGGAGAUGACCGAGCAGAGUCAGGGAGCCAAGGAUAUGAGUCUUUCAGUUAUGGAGGGGUUGAUCCUUAUAUGUGGGAACCCCAGGAACUUGGUGCUGUGAGAAGCCAUCUUUCUGACUUCAAAAAGCACCGAGCUGCUAGAAUUGACCACUAUGUUGUUGAAGUCAAUAAAUUAAUAAUCAGGUUGGAGAAGCUCACUGCAUUUGACAGAACAAAUACCGAGUCAGCUAAGAUCCGAGCAAUAGAAAAGUCCGUGGUGCCUUGGGUCAAUGACCAGGAUGUCCCUUUUUGUCCAGACUGUGGGAAUAAGUUUAGCAUCCGAAACCGCCGCCACCACUGCCGCCUUUGCGGGUCUAUUAUGUGCAAGAAAUGUAUGGAGCUCAUCAGUCUUCCUUUGGCAAGUAAGCUCACCAGUGCCAGUAAGGAUUCCUUGAGCUCCUACACGAGCCCCAGCCAAUCACCCAACAGUGUCCAUGGCUCCCGCCGAGGCAGCAUCAGCAGUGUGAGCAGUGUAAGCUCCAUCUUGGAUGAGAAGGAUGAUGACAGGAUCCGCUGCUGUACACAUUGCAAGGACACACUGCUCAAGAGAGAGCAGCAGAUUGACGAGAAGGAGCACACCCCUGACAUUGUGAAGCUCUAUGAGAGACUACGACUUUGCAUGGAGAAAGUGGACCAAAAAGCUCCUGAGUACAUCAGGAUGGCAACAUCAUUAAAUGCUGGAGAGACAACCUACAGGCUGGAACAUGCAAAUGACCUUCGAGUAGAAGUGCAGAAAGUGUAUGAGCUAAUAGACGCUUUAAGUAAGAAGAUCUUAACCUUAGGCUUGAAUCAGGACCCUCCACCACAUCCAAACACUUUGCGGCUGCAGAGGAUGAUCAGAUACUCGUCUACACUUUUUGUGCAGGAAAAGUUACUUGGUUUGAUGUCACUGCCAACCCAAGAACAGUUUGAGGAACUAAAGAAAAGGAAGGAGGAGAUGGAAAGGAAGAAGAUGCUAGAGAGACAGACUUCCCUGGAAUCCCAGCGAAGGCUCCAGGAAAGGCAGAGUGACCUGCCAUCUCGUGCCAACGGGAAGGUGGCAUACCUUCAGAGGGGCCCUGCCCCCUUGAGAAAGGCUGAGGGCUGGCUCCCGCUGUCAGGAGGUGAGGGGCAGAGUGAAGACUUGGACCCCCUCCUCCAGCAGAUCCACAACAUCACAUCAUUUAUCAGGCAGGCCAAGGCCGCAGGCCGGACAGAUGAAGUGCGCAUCCUUCAGGAGAACCUGCGGCAGUUGCAGGACGAAUAUGACCAGCAGCAGACCGAGAGAGCCAUCGAGCUGUCUCGCAAGCAGGCUGAGGAGGAGGACCUGCAGCGAGAACAGCUUCAGAUGCUGCGUGAACGGGAGUGGGAACGAGAAAAGGAGCAGUUCCAGGCGGCAUCCGUGCACACACGGACCCGGUCCCUGGACUUCCGAGAAAUCAGGCCUUUUCAGCUGGAGCCCAGCACAGAGCCUUGUACCCACCUUGCUCAUGCUUUGGAUCUGGGCUCUUCCCCAGUUCAGAGCAGUGCAGCUUCCGAGAGCCCUUCUCCUAGCUUAGCUCUUGAGCCUAUCAGAGUGUGGUCUGGGCCCGCAGCCCCUGGCCAGGAAUUCUUCCCCAAGAGCACCAUGUCACAGCAACACGAGGUGCCCUCCCUAAAUCCCUUUGAUGAGGAAGACUUCUCUAGCCCCACAGCAGAGGGCUCUACCAGCCCUCCUACUGCAGAGCCUUCCUAUGGCCCUUCACACCGCUACCUCAAAGAGUACAAUCCUUUUGAGGGAGAGGAGGAAGAGGAAGAAGAGGAGGAAGAAGAGUCAUACCACUACCUCAAAAAGUGCAAUCCUUUUGAGGGAAAGGAGGGAGAGGAGGGAGAGGCGGCAGUGGCAGGGAAUCCCUUCACUAACUCAGACAGCCCAGCAUCCAACCCCUUCAAUGAGGAAGAUGAGGGUCCUCACCAGAGGCCCUCAAGCCCUCGUGUUCCUGGCAACCCCUUUGAGGGAGCCACCUAUACCAACCCCUUCGAGAUGGAUAGUGACAGUGGGCCAGAGGGUGAGGAGCCCAUAGAGGAGGAGCUCCUCCUCCAGCAGAUUGAUAACAUCAAGGCGUACAUCUUUGAUGCCAAGCAGUGCGGUCGCCUGGAUGAGGUGGAGGUACUGACAGAGAACCUGAGGGAGCUGAAGCGCACCCUGGCCAAACAGAAGGGGUCCACUGACUGAUCACUGGGUGGGUAGAACACCUUUGGGUCCAGGGGCCUGGCAGGAGCCAGUGGAGCAGGAGAGGGUUGGUGGGAUUGAUGUGAAGGAGGAAGGAUGAGAAUUCAGAUGCACACAGGUUAGGAGAGGAAAUCUGCUAUUUCAUGCCAUGCACUUGGAGGUUUUUCCACUACAACUGAAAAAUAAAAUGGGAACUAGAACAGGAAGCAGCAGCAUUCACUUGCUGUUUUUCCUGGGCUUUUUAAAAAAAAUUGGGUUUUCCCUUUGGAAGGGACUUUAAAUUUUCACUACUGAGAUAUAACUAAAUGCAUUUCUUUUGGGUCCUGCUGUGCACAUCAUGGGCCCAUUUGUUCCUGCCUAGUCUUUGGUCAUUAUGCAGUAUUAUAGGGCAGCCAUAUAUAGGGCCCUUCCUUUAGCCAAGACAGACACGGUGGAUUCCUUUAAACCUUACUCUCUGGAAGAAGUCUGACCUCGUUAGGCUAUGGGUUCCUUUCACUGAGCCUUCUUCUGCCCUGCUGGGUACAUCCUGCCUGUGCAGUGGAAGGGGGAGAUAUUGCUGGAGAGGUACUAGUUUAGACCCAGGAGAGCCCAGCACCUCUUUUUAAGAGGAUGAUGGGGAUGAGGUUUCACUAGAGUGUGUUUCCCUCUCAGUUGAAGUUUUCAUUUGUCUCUUUUGGGAAGUUAAACUCCAAGUGCUGAGCUAUCACUGUAGUCUGAUCAUGAGUUUUUUAGAAACUAGAAGUGCUUAACUUUUUGGUCGAUCAAGGUAGUAUUAUUCGGGAGAAGAGUCUCCACCGAAAUGUUGCUCUCUUCUCUCUUACUACUGGAACAAUUAUCUGACCCUGGAGAAACCUAGAGCUUUGGCAAAAUUACUUGUACCUGGGAUUUUUUAAAGGACCCAGUCUAUAAUUUAGGAAUUGGUGAUCAGGAAGUUUUUGUGGAACAUUGUGAGGAGAAUAGAAGCUUCCCUAAGUUAGAAGGUAAAUCAAAAUAAUUUCAAGAUUAGUUGAUUGGUCUUCACUUUCGGUUCAUCCUGUCCUGACCUGGGGCACAGUUGAGAUAUUUUCUUUCCAAUGUUUAGCAUUAAGAUACUGAAAUGUUUGAAGCAGCACAACCCAGGACCAUUCUAGUAGCACGCAGCACUCGAACUCUUCACUAACUAAGGGCACAAAGGGAAAUUGUUAAUUUAGCUCUGGUGCUUUGGUUUACAUGAACAUAACCCUUAACUGACAUCUGACAUCAUGAUACCCAAUCGUGCUCAGCUCUGGGUAGAGUUCCUGUAAUUAUAAUUGUUAAUUAAUGAACAAUAACUGGCCACUAGUCACUUUAUACCCCUUAACUAACUCUGGGGUCAUACUCUCACUGGUUACUGAUGUGAGGGCUAAAAUUCAUUUUGUUACAUUCUGGGAAGAUUCUUGUUGAUCUUGGAAAUGUUUGAAAAACACUGUGGUGUAAAAAUAAUCUGUAUUUGUGUUGACACUAUUUACAUUUCUUUAGCACCCACUGGAUCUUUGGAUAGAAUGAAAAGGUAGUGUAUAGGAGUGUGGGAAUGGGGAGUCAGUGGAAGGUGUGUGGAAGACCCUUUGCUUUUGGGUUCUGAUCACAAACGGAUGUGAGUGGGUUACUAACAUCAGCCAGUACCAACCUUGCUGACUGUUAUGGUAGUUUUGGGAAGUUGGCAUUCAGGCACUUAAAAUGCUGCUUCGUACAGGCAUCAUUUCUCCCUUGAGGUCCAUCCCCUCAUGCUGUAAUUCUGGAGUGUUUCAUGCUCCUCCAGUUUUUCAUUUCUCUCUGACUGAAGAGGAGGAAGCUCUCUCCACUAAAAAGCAGGUAGUUCUUAAAUGCUGCUUUUCAUCAUAAUUACUUUUCUUAUGAGAAUCUAUUUCUCUUAAUUAGCUACUGGUUUCAGUUAAGACUAGUUUACUAAACAGACUCUUUUCUUGAAAUCAACCAUAGAUAGCAAUCUAUAAGUAAUUAAGAGCAUUGAGAACCACAUAUAAUAGACAUUUUUAAAACUAAAAAAAAAAAAAAUCACUGAAUAUCCUAAACCAAACUAAAACUCUCUGAUGUGAUUGAAUUCUUCCAUGGCCAUACUCUUCCAUGAAUCAUUUAAUUCUAACCAUGACUGUAUUCUCCUAUAAUCACAGACUCCUGUGAUAGGAGUUAGAAUUCUCUAUCCCUCAGCAGUACCAUUUUCCAGAAGUCACACAGGCACACAGUUGGAUUGCAAAGGUAGGUUAAUAUCAGGGAAGAGAUGGCCUAUGAAUUGCAGCCACAACUUUGGGUUCUUGACUCAUGUGAAUACUUCACCCUUCCUGCAGUCCUUCAAGGAAAAUGGUGCCCUCCAUCAGAAAAUGAGCAAGUUCUUGAUGUAGCAUUGGCACGUCUCCCUACAAACAGAUCAAAUAUGGAAGAGACUUUCGCUUUUCCUUUAUGCCUUGUUUGUAUUUUUCCCUGUCUAAUACACUAAGGAUACUCACUCAUUGUAUUUACAGCUCAUUGUGUUUUUGCUGUUCAGAUACUAAAAUGUACCUGAUCAUGAACCAUGUGGUAGGUUGGACAUUUGUAUGGUUAGCUUGGGACUCAAAGUGAGAAGCUAGUCUCUUUACCAGGUUAUAGUCUGUGGUAGCAGAUUAUGCUGGUCAUCUGACAAUGAUGGAGAGUUUGAGGGCCAUUGAUUUGCAUGCGCUGGGGCCUGGUAUUGGAACCUUUUUAAAAAAAUAAAAUAACAGAUAUUA